AUGGACGAAACAGAUAUCAACAAAAAAGUGAAAGAGUAUACCGCUCAUGUCACAGAGACUGCGUUAAAAGAAUUGAUACCACUGGUGGCCAUCGCUCCUCUCAUGUUUCUGGAUCUCAAUAAAACCUAUGACGUUGUUUCAAAAUGUGGGAAAGACACACUUCAGUCCGACAUUCGCAGCGAUGCAAGCGAAAUAGUCAGAAUUAUUGAUUCACGAAGAGAGAAUCAGAAGAAAGCUAAGAUGGACAAAAACAAUGAUAAUGAUGAGGAAAUUCCACGGAAAAUGGCCAAACUAACAGAAGUUAAUAAAACACCUGGAAACGAAGGAAACCCAGUAAACCUUAUUAAGCCCUUCAAAGUUGGAGAUCCAUUGGACUUCUCCGACUUGGAAGUGACUCCAGGAAAAAUCAUGUAUCCCGGACUGAACCCAGUUCCAAAAAAGCCAGGUCCAUCAACAGGAACCAAACCGAAGGAAAUGUUGCCUGAUAAAAACUCGAGUCAUAAUUCUUCGAAUCUUUCUUCGAAUCUUGGUGAGAUCAGGUAUUCAACAACUUCCGAGUUAAAACGAUCUGGUAAAUCAGAUGUGGAUGGGGGCCUGAUAAAACGAAAAAGUUUUAUCCCACAAGAGUACUUCAAAAAAUCUGAAUCUCCAAAGGGAGAAUCACCAAUCGAAGAUUAUGACGCAUCUCCAUUGAAAACUCAACGCGCUGAUAUGGAUGUGGUUCUUAGCGAUGAUCAAGAAGACUCAGAAGAGCCAGAUGCGUUUUCCUUGCCAUUCGGUGACCCAUUUAACCUCAAUGCGAUCUUGGCCGAAGGAAAUGACAGUAGCCCUGAAAAUGGAUCAAUUCCGAAAAAUCCUGAUUGCUCAAAGCGAACCCGUUAUAAACCCCUUGGUGGAUUGGACGUGAAUGAAAUGUUUUUCAAACCAAAGAAGUCACAUACGAAAAUGUAUGCGGGGAAACCAAAAACCGCGGAGAAAAAGCGCACUGAUGAAGAUUUGAAUAACAAUUCUUCCUCGGGAAAUCACGACAGUCUCAAGAAACCACCGACACCGGCUUUGAAACCUUUCGAAUUAUUGGAUGAAGAUGAUACUUUGCCAAAACGGCGCAUAUCACACUUGCAGCAGAAUUCUGGAAAGUCAGAGACUGUUGAAAAAAAGGCAGUUUCUAAAGAAUCGGAUAACAAUUCUCCUUCGAAAAACUUUGGUCGUCUCACUCUUUCUACUAAUUCGAAAACAUGUAGUGGACUAGAUAGAAACGAGAGCAAGUUCAAACCACGCAAAUCAUAUUCACAACAGAACAAUCGGAAAUCAGAUACUGCAAAUACAAUGUUGGUUGUUAAAGAAUCGGAUAAUAAUCAUACUUCAAAAAAUGUUGAUCGUUUCAAUUAUUCUAAAAAUACCGAUUCGAAACUAAAUUAUGGAUUGGAAAAGAAGGAGAGCACGUUCCAACCUCGUGAAUCAAUUUUGCAAAUAAACACACGGAAAUCAACUGAGAAAGUGUUGGCUGUUGGAGAUUCGGAUGAUGAGUCUUCGAAUGAAGACUCACCGAGUGAAUUGCUGGCUACUAUCGAAAAGAAUGACCAAUUUAAAAAUGCAGCGGAAAAGAAAUUUGCUAAAUUCAUCAAGCGCGAAUUUCCUGGAAAAGAGAAAGAAAAACCUUACCUGUAUUCUUAUCGCGAAUGGUAUCAAGCAUUGAAAAGUGCCUCAGAACAGCUAGAGAAUAGUACCGUGGGUACUCCUCUUGGCUCAAAUACAAAGAAGCCUGGAUAUCAAUCGUCAAAAGUUGAACCACCAUCACUCCUCUCCACCAACAAACAAAUCCAAGGAAAUGCCGUACAUCACCGUCCACGUUCAAUUUCAAAUAAAAUAGGAAACUCAUCUGCAGGUUGUAAACCUACUGUAGUAACUGGAAAGAAAGUCGAGUCUAUCAACAAACCUCGAAAUUGGAGUGAUGGCGUCCCUGCUGGAAUUGGACGGAUUCCGAAAAAGACAAAUCAUUUGAGAGAUGAAGGGUUUGAGCCGAAACCAGAGCUGGAUAAGAAAAAGAGCAAUCCAGCACCAAAUCUUUAUUCUGGAACACUUGAUGCUGCUGAGAGAAACUCGAACGACAACGAGUACGAUCCAACCGAAUUUUAUCUUGGGACUCGUCCCAGUCAUAUUUCAUUUGACUUCAUUAAAGACGAAGCGGACAAACUUUCUGCCGCAGACUUGAUCACUUUUCUCGGAAACAACAAGCAAUUUAAGAAGGAUGCGGACAGGUUUUUUGUGAAAUUCAUUCGAGAAGAGUUUCCUGAAAAACUCCGUCACAAACCCAACGGGUAUUCCUCAUUGCAAUGGUAUCAAACCUUGAAGAGACGAGCAAACAUGCAAGAGGAUCUUGCUGAAAAUAAUGUUUCUUCAUCUAUCAAGAAAGGAAUCCAGUUGACAUCUAACGGAGCCACUAAAGCGAUUGAUGAAGUUCACCGCGAGGGGAAACAAAAUAAUAACGCAAUAGAAACUUCUGUAACUGCCUACACGGCUUUGCAACAAAGAAACAAUGCAAAUUAUGGAUCAGCUCCUCGCACAGUUUCAUCACCAGGACGGAAUAAUCAAACUAACAAUAAUCCAAGAAAUGGCUCUCGGCCAUCAACAAGUGGGGGAAGCACAGGACAACCAACUCGCCCAGAACAACGAAAGGAGCCAAUGAGCAAAUUAAUGAAGAAAUCCUGGAGGGAUGCCCAAAAUAGACAUUAA